AUGUGUCUCGAUGGCGUGGAUAAACACAAAAUCUGGCUGAAAAACUUGCAAAACAAUGAGAAAAUACCUCAUUCAGUGCUGUUUGUGAGUGGUGAAAUUGAUCACAAGUGCUCCCGGAACACCCUCUCCAUCUCCCUGAACAGUGAGUACCGAGAAAAUUGCAAAGUGUCGCGAGAAAACAGCGAAUUCAAGUGUCUUCUCACACUCAAUGUCGGCCUGAAUAGAAUAACACUCAAUUAUUGUGAUUGCGAGCUUGUAAUUCAUGUAAGUCACGAAGUCAGUGUCAAUCCGAGAACCGUGACGCCUCUGUACAUCGUGGUCAAGGAUCACGAUGGCCGAUUCCAGGCCAAAGAGCGGAAUUCCGUGGCGAACGCCUUGGCCAGAAUCACGCUCGGUGUGCGAAUUGUUCAGAUGAUCUUUGCGGAGAAUCUGCGCGCUUCCGGCGUGUCCGGGAGGAAGACUUUCAAUCUCAGCGGCGACUGCCAACCCUUCCACAGUGAACUGUCCGCUGAGGAGGCUUCCAGGAUGACGGAGAACCAAUUAUGGUCCUUCUUCGCUCGAGAGCUCAUCGAGCGGACGCCCGAUUGCCGGAACCGCAAGUUCGUGGCUUAUCUCAGCUGCACGCGCUACCGCGGCGCCGAGGACGCCUCGUACGAGAGCAUCAGGGCGGCGACUGUGGCCAAUGCGGCGCUCGCGAGCGGCGGUCUGGCGCUGCUGGGCUCCGCCUGUCUCUUCUCCUGGCCGGAGGCCGUGCAGGACGUGCGUGGGUGUCUGGAGGACGAGACGCGCGUGCCACUGGCCGAGCUGAUGGAUGACAGCGCGUAUCGCGGCACGUUCGGCGGCUGCUUCGCCACGAGCCUGGGCGCGCUGCUGCACGAGAUGGGCCACAUCUUUGACCUGGCGCACUGCGCGGACGGCGUGAUGGGCAACGACAGCGACCGCCUGGAUCAGAUGCUCACGCUGCGGGACUUCCACGGCCGCUGGCGAGUCCUGCCGCGGCGCAGAGUGCCCACGGGGCGCGAGGGUGUGGCGAAAUGCACGGUUGUGAGGCGGACGGCCGGCUGCGCUGUGUCCCACUCGAGUGGCGUCUACUUUGCGGAGAAUUGCUCAGUGCUGCUGGCCAGCCACAAAUGGUUCAACGACUCUGCACCGCAAUUAGACGGCGGGUUGGCCUUUAAUGCCGCCACGCGGGAGAUUUGCGGCAAAUAUCCAGUGAGAUUGGUGGAAAUGCGAAAUGCAGCUGGAUUUGUGGAGCGAUACUGGAUCAUUUCCGCGUCAGCGGACACAAAUCAUAUUUAUUUUAUGAUUCCACCUCAUAUUCAAUUGAUGAACUGCACGUUAUUCUGCAUCGAUGUGCACGGCAACACUUUAACGCAGGACCUUUAAGUGAAAUCAAUAAAAUAUUCGCGAAUCCAAAAGACACUCAAAAGUCUUCUAAUAUUCAAUUAUUUAUCAUGGCGAAAGAAGAGGGUGGAUUGAAUCAAAAGGGGGAGAAAAUGUGGGAUAAAGUCUGUUCAUCCACUUCUUUGGGCGGCUUCAGAAAUUAAAGACGUUCUUGACAGGCUCAAGAGA